UGCCGUCUAGGUAGUCGACUCGCUAGAAUUUGAGACAACCGUGCUGAGUACGUCUGUAGACCUCCCACUUAAAACGGUGGGGAGAGGGAGAGGGAGAAGUUGAUUCCCAAAUAAACCAACACCCAGCUUCACUCUCGUUGCUUUGAGGAGGUGAUAAAGUAUCCUCGCAUUUUUUUUUUAAUCGAAAAGGGAUGGACGAUAACAACGGAGGAAAAGAAAAAUGGGGUCGAUAACAUUCUAACCUGAGGGUUUUGACUACUGGUGGAGACAGGUGAUAUAAAAACACGGUACCAUGUGAAUGGUUGAGGAACAUGAAGGCUGCACACAAACUACUGUUCGUCCUGUGUCCCAUGCUGGUCUUGGGGUUCAUCUACUACUCUUCUGGGAAGCUCCAUUUGUACGUAUGGGGCCAGAAGCCACAUAAAGAUGUGGAGCCCACAGUAAAAGUCAGUAAAGUCACUAGUGUUUCUGUCAAAUCCACUGUGACCAAAGAGCCGGUGGUGGAGGGCCCUGUCUCCGUGGGACGAAUAGUAGGCUCAGGUACAGCCUCGCUGCAAAGAGUGCACUCUGGUCAACAUGAGAACCCCAGCAGGCCUGUGUUUGAUAAGCAAGGGUUCUUGCUGAAUCUGGACACAAAGCUGCCACCGGAGUUGGUGUACAAGUACGGAAACCUCAGUGAAGGAGCCUGUAAACCUGGUUAUGCAGCUGCCAAAAUCAGUGCUAUCUAUCCAAAGUUUAGUAAGCCAGCUUCCAUGUUUCUGGACCGGAACUUUAAGCGGCUUUCAAAAGUUACAAACUAUUUACCUCCAUUUGGAUUCAAAACACAAGAAAGAAUCAUAGAUGUUAUAUUAACUGCCACAAAGAAUUAUGGACUGGGUCCAGAUUUAGAUGGUUUGAGUUGUAAAAGAUGUAUAAUAGUAGGCAAUGGUGGUAUCCUUAGCAACAAGUCUUUAGGAUCCCACAUUGAUGAAUAUGACGUUGUGAUAAGACUCAACGAGGCCCCAGUGAGUGGUUACACCAGAGAUGUAGGUACUAAGACCACCCUGAGGAUAACCUACCCAGAAGGGGCAAUCCAGAAGCCCGAGCGCUAUGAGAAAGAUUCCCUCUUUGUCUUCUCUGCUUUCAAACCUCUUGACUUUAAAUGGCUGAGACAGAUGGUCUUCAAAGAGAAACUGCAAGGAACAGAGGGCUUCUGGAAGUCUGUAGCACACUCUGUGCCCCGGCAACCCUCGGAGAUUCGGAUCCUCAACCCCUACUUUAUACAAGAGGCUGCCUUCCAGUUUAUUGGCCUUCCACAGAACAAUGGCCUCAUGGGUAAAGGGAACAUUCCAACGUUGGGCACCGUCGCCAUAACAAUGGCCCUUCAUAACUGCGAUGAGGUUGCUGUUGCUGGAUUUGGCUAUGACAUGAACACCCCUCAUGCACCCUUGCACUACUACGAAACAGUUAAAAUGUCUGCUAUAAAAGAGUCAUGGACUCACAACAUCCCAAAAGAAAAGGAGUUUCUCCACAAGUUGGUGAAGGCCAGCAUUAUCACAGACUUAACCAAUGGGAUUUGAACCUCCCAAGGUGGGUGCCUUUCUAGGAGGGCUCAAAAACGCAGAGUCCUGGGAAACCCUGGACCAGUCAACACUGAGGAGCGUGAUUUCAGAGGUGGGAGCGGUGGCUCAGUUAAGAUGCACAUGUGCCUUCUAACCGACAGGCUUCCUCUGAGCGGGACGUUGAAGGUUUCUUGAAUGUCUCGGGAGACAAUCCUUGUUCGAGUACAGAUGGAAGAUAUCAGAGACUUUGAGGUGACCAACACAAACAGCGCUUGAGGAACGAGUCUCAACAUUAACUGAUUGUGCCAAAUGUACCUCUAUCGGAGGAGAUGCCCCUCCUCUCCUGCCUGAAUGUAUUAACGGUGUAAAUAUCAAAGAUUUUUACAGUGCAUUUUAAUGAACUGCUACAGCCCCUGGGGUUCUGCCUUCACACGUGAUUCUCCGUCCAGGGCAAUCAGUACAUAUCCUGCCCUAGUGUGAGGAAGGGCAGUGGCAGGUCUUUGAUUCAGCCCUUUUUCUGAGCACAGGAGGCUCUUUAUCUCCUGAAUGUGAGCUUAUUAUGUUACGGCUUCUUUUGUCGAAGAAAGGAGUUCAAUCUCAAAGUUAUUUAUUUUGGUCCACAGAUUAAGGCCUUUGUUUUUUGAAAGCUCCCUUUCCAAAAUGUAUUAUAAAUACCACAAUUUGUUUUAGGUGGUAAACUGAGUACCUAUUAGAAGUGCACCAAUACCACUUUUUUCCAAUCUAAUUCUGAUACCUGAAUUGUUGUAACUUGCUAAAUACACAUGACGUCAUUAUAAAAUGGGCAAAAGACAAAUACAUAUUCUGUGGUACUGUUCAUAAAUUUGGAAUCAUUUAAUUUUUUUGAAAGAAUUAAUCUUAUAAUUAAUCCUAUUCAGCAAGGAUGCAUUAAUUUGAUCAAAAGUGACAGUAAAGACUUUUACAUUGUUACAAUAAUUCUAUUCAAAUUUCAAGUAAAUACAAGAAAAAACAUCCAGUGCAUAAAUCUAACACAAAGUAGCAAGAACCACAACAUUUUUUUAAUCAACUUAUACAUCAAGGAUGUAUUAAAUUGAUCAAAAG